AUGUGUGACCGAUUGCCGUUGUUAGCAUCUCCAAUUGGACAAAUAAUGUACCGCCCGAAGAACAUCUGCUACCAUUUUCUGGUCACAAGUCUACUUUGCCUCGUACUUUUUGUGAAUGUUAUCACGUUUUUCACAAUUGCCAGAAAUUUUGAACCAUAUCAAAAUUGGAAUUGAAACUAUCGAUAUCUACAAUCCAAAUGCAAUUCAAGAUCUUCGUUCCAAAUAUGAAAUGAAAGGCGAUAAAUAUAGAAGAGAGCUCUACAGAGCUUCAAAAACUAUGGAAUACGAGUUAUUCUACGAAAAAGUAAGAAUGGAGGUAUUUUGUGUGAUGAAGGAGAAGAUUGGAGGUUCUUAUGAUGGCGGGAAAUAUGUAUGUAAUCCGAAAAAUGUUAGAAAGGAGAAUUGCACAUUAUUAUCACUUGGCUUAAACAAUCAAAUCGACUAUGAUCAGCACAUUCAAAAUGUUACAGGAGGACAUUGUGUGAUAUUGGGAGCUGAUAAGGACCCCCAAAACCCGGAAACCCAAGAAACCUACCGAAAAAUCAAUGGGAAACUAUUUUCUGGACUGAUUCCUGAUGAGCUCACGAUCCCAUCAAUGUUAGAAAAAGCUGGAAGAAAUGAUGUGGAGCUUCUGAAAAUGGAUAUUGAAGAAGCCGAAUUUAGGGGUUUGGAGCCUCUGAUUAAGGAUUUUUAUGUGUGUCAGAUUUUUAUUGAAAUUCACGGGACUCCAUCGAAACACCUGGAAUUGCUUCAGAUUAUGGCCAGAUACGGAUUCCGAAUUUUCAACGUGGAACCCAAUCCGUAUUGCAUAGUUUGUUGUGAAUAUAGUUUGAUCAAUGAGAAAUGUAUAGAGCAAUAUGGAGCUGUGUUGCUGGGACGCAUUGUGUUGGACAGAAAAAACAUGGACUAUUUUUGA